ACGACGAUGGUUUUGGUUUGGCCAACCCUUGAAGUAGAACACGUACCAUUUAUUUUAGUGUCGUCUCUAUCUUAAGCAGAAACAAUUAGUACGCAGAAUCACAAGACGGAGCAAUCGCAAACAAGAUGCCAACAACUGUAAGCAUGUUUCUUCCUACUGGUCGAGGAAAAGCUUUGGUAGCAAUUUUUGUCCUGGCGAUUGUGUCCCGCCCAUUCUACAGUAUUGCUUUCCAUCCACAGAGCACUAUCCUCAGCAAUCAUCGGCAUUAUCAUCCUGUGUCAACGACUCUUGCGAGACACAAUGGUAGCUGCGGGAAGCGCCAACCGUUCCCGGRCAGAUUGGCAACAAAAGCGAGGACGCUCGAAACCAAAAGGACGGUGCUGCAUGUGUCACCGGAAGUGCUCGCCGGUGCUGCCUCUCUGGUUGCGGGGUUUGCUGGUUGGCUGUACAUCGAUGGGRCGGGCGACAGGAACCGGCGAAAACUCCGCGAAGAAGAAGCGGCACGGGUCAAGGCGAUCCAGGAGGAACGGGCGAAACGGGCCUACAUCGAACCAAAAGAAUACUGGACCGAGGCUGAGCUUGCCCCGUACGACGGAUCCAACGACGAAGACGGACCCAUUCUUCUUGCAGCGGAUGGAUUGGUCUUCAAUGUUUACAAGGGCCGGAAUUUCUACCUGCCCGGUUGUGAGUACCACAUCUUUGCGGGCCGGGAUGCAACGCGGCUGCUGGCUCGCAACAAGGUCGAAGAAGAAACGGAAGAGGAAGCCAACAAGCCCUUGAGCAUAGCGGAUCGUGCCUUUCUUGCCACCUGGAUCUAUACGUUCAAGGGAAAGUACGAUAUUGUUGGGAAACUAGAAGGAUUCGACCVCGAGUCAACAGCCAUGUGAUGCUGCUGUACACUAACAUCCA